CGAGAAUCAUGGUGACGCAGUAUCUCAACGCCGCGAUGGACAUUGAGCGGCACAUCAACGAUAUAUUCAACUCCCGCCAGGUAAAUGGGUCUCUGGAUACGGAGAAGCUUGUCGUGCUAUGUGAAGAGCUCGAGCUUCUGUCGUGGAGCUACGCGCCAGCGCCAAUGCCGUCGUGUUUGUACGCGAUCUUUCUCGCAGCGUCUUGACGCGCCGAGAAUUAAACCGUGCCAAGUAUCUCUGGAAACGCAUUCCGAGCGCCAGUAAGACGGAUGAACUGGUGGAAAUUUGGGCUGUCGGUCAAGCGUUGUGGAAGCGAGAGAUUGGACAAGCCUAUGCGGCCAUUUCAGCGCUCGACGCAAUGCCGUUGCAGGUAAACGUGCAAGCGAUCGUUGCUGCAUUGAAAACGUCAAUCCGUGAGUACAAUGCCUCGUUGUUGUCCCGCGCGUACACCAGUGUGUCGACUGCAGUCGUCGCCCAAGCGCUCGGUCUAAGUCACGACGACGCGUUGUCAUACUGUGCGUCACAUCAUUGGGACGUCAAGGGGACGCUUGCCUUCCCAAAACAUGCUGGAGAUCGCGCGCCCGUCGACCCAUUGCCGUCCGACAUGGAUCACUUGCACAAGCUGUCGUCGUACAUUUUGCAUCUCGAAGGGCAAACGUCGUUGAAGAUUUAAACUCGGGCUCAAUGGAUGUUUGCUUCAAUCGUUGUCCGUUGAAAUGCCAGCCGUCCCGACUGAGCGGUCACGGCGCG